CGUCUUAACUUGUGUACUUUUUUUUUUAGCACUAGAAAAUUUCUGUAAAUUUUAAACAGUGUAUAGCGUAACAUUUUUGGACCAAUCAAGGUGAAACCCGUAUCAAUUUCUAUAUACCUAUAUAUAUACAUAUUUGCCAUGUCCCUUUUUCGCUGGCGAGAUUCGAGUCUUUUGCACACCCUGAAUUUUGUGCGAGGAAUCCGGAGCGGAGCCAACAAAGUGGCCAAUAAUCCUCGUCAGCGGAAUCGAUUGCGUCGCCAAGCGGAAGAUCGAUCCUGUUCUCGUCCCCGAAGGGAACAGACUAUACAGAAUCUGGAGAAUCAGGAGGUAACUUCUUAUGGGCAGUACAUGGAGAAGAUGACCCGUCUGUACGAACAGCAGAUGAAAUUGGAGGAGGACAUUGCGCGGGAAGAAAAACAACGGCUGAGAAUGGAAAACGAAAGGAAAGAUCAGGAAGAAAUUUAUAUUAAAACACCUUUGAUUCUGUGCACUGAGGAUGUGACUGGACUACGCAAGUUGUACAUCAUGGACAGUGAGGAGCACCAAAACAAGGUCUUAAUGAUGUACGACGAUACUCGAAGCUUCAUGGAUGAGCAUAUAGAAGAAGCCGAAGAUCGCUUCCUUUUAUCCGAAGAAAAUGUUUCACAUUCACCGACCAAUGAAAAUGAAAAUAUUGUGGACUUGCCGGAGAUGGAAGAUGAUGUUGAUGGACUAGAGCAAUGGAACCUGGAUUCGAGUCAUGGAAACUGGGUGCGUCGCGUGAUGGAAUUCUUGCGAUUUCGCCGACUCUCGUAGAAAUCCCCCCGUAAAAACACCUGGAGCUUCCCGUAGUCCCGCAGUCUUAAUUUCUAUGCUCCAGCGAAUGCGCAGCCAUCUAGAUAACAAUCGUGGUCAAGAGUCCGUUUAAUUUGUUUGCGCUCUGAUCUCUUCCGUCCCUCUUACACCGCAACUUCAUUCGGCUUGGCUGGCCAACCAGAAGUUAAAUCUUUAUUGCCACCAAGUGUACGGCAGCUUUACCAAUCAAAAACUAGACAUUUUUUUGGAAAUUCACGAAAUUUAGGAUAUUUAACAGAAUUUAGGUGUAGGUUAACCCGAAGUUCAGCGCAUGAAAGUUAAACUAAAGUGAAAACAAAAUAAAAUAAUUCUCAUUGAUUAUGUUGACUUAUAAAAA